AUGUCGAAAUCGGUACUAGGCUCUAUUAUCAUCCUUUUCACCGCAGUAGUGCAGUUGGCUUGCAGCUACGAUUCUGCUGCUUAUAAGGAUCCACAUUAUGUUGAUAAUCGCACCACUAUGGUUCACUUGUUCGAGUGGAAAUGGAAGGAUAUCGCCGAAGAAUGUGAGAGAUUUUUAGGACCUAUGGGCUUCGCUGGAGUUCAGGUGUCGCCUAUCAGUGAGAACUUGAUAAUAGAAAAUCGUCCGUGGUACGAACGUUACCAACCAAUCUCAUACAAAAUCAUCACUCGUUCGGGUAACGAGAGUGAAUUCAAGGACAUGGUCGCUCGUUGCAACACCGUGGGUGUGCGAAUCUACGUCGAUGUAGUUAUCAAUCACAUGACAGGCGACGCCGAUCCGGCAAUCGGCACCGGUGGAUCGAUCGCCGAACCCAAAAAACGACUUUAUCCAGCUGUGCCAUUUGGACCUGAUGACUUCAAUAAUCCCUGCGGUAUCAAUGAUUAUAACAACGGUAUCGAAGUGAGAAACUGCGAUUUGAGCGGGCUUCACGAUCUCAAUCAGGGCAAGGAAUACGUCAGAGAAAAGAUCGUCGAAUUCUUGAACCAUGCCAUUGAACUUGGCGUCGCUGGAUUCAGAGUGGAUGCAGCCAAGCACAUGUGGCCCGGAGAUUUGGAAGCGAUCUAUGGUCGUUUGAAGGUCCUUCGUUCGGAUGUGUUUGGCGCCAACGAGCGUCCCUUCAUCUUCCAGGAAGUGAUAGACUUGAGCGGCGGCGAGGGUGUCAACAAGCGGGAGUACAAUCGGUUGGGUUGCGUCAUUGAGUUCUCGUUCGGUAUCCAACUCGGUAGGAUAUUUCGCGGCUGGGCGCCGAUGCGUGAUCUGCGAAAUUGGGGUUUCCAAGAUCGAGGACUCUUGCCGACUAGAGACGUGAUUGCGAUGAUCGACAAUCACGACAAUCAACGCGGACAUGGCGCCGGCGGUAAUGCUAUUCUCAACUACAAAGCAGCCAGGCUCUAUAAGAUGGCUGUGGCAUUCAUGCUGGCACACCCCUAUGGACACCCUCGUAUAAUGAGUUCGUUUGACUUCGCGAACCCGAGCCAAGGUCCACCGGCUGAUAAUAAACAGAACAUUCUGUCGCCUGAUCCGAUUACCGGCGAUCUUCCUAAUGGUGCCGACGCUAAUUUUUGCGGACACGGCUGGGUCUGUGAGCAUCGAUGGUCGCCAAUUUACGGCAUGGUUGGCUUCCGAAACGUCGUUCAGGAUUCUACGCUUAUCCACUGGUGGUCCAAUGGCGGCAAUCAAAUUGCGUUUUCGCGUGGCAAUCGAGGCUUCGUGGCAUUCAACGGCGAGUACGGCGUGGAUCUGAAGGAGACAUUGCAGACGGGAAUGGAGCCGGGCGAUUACUGCGACGUCAUUUCCGGUCGGAAAGUCGGAGGCAAGUGCACUGGCAAGAGCGUCAGGGUCAAGGAUGACGGCACCGCCUACGUCGAGGUACUUAAAGACGAAGCCGACGGUGUACUCGCCUUCUACACUCAGACAAAGCUUUGAGAGCUGCGACCGCGACGAAAGCCAGACGGAUAGGAGCAACGAUUCGCCACUCCACCGACGACUUCACUGAUUACUUUAUUACACUGUAUUAAGCCGCGCAGUGAAAAGACAAGACGGAAUAAAUAUAAAUUGAUGCGAGAGAGCCAAGAGAGAGAGAGAGAGAGAGAGAGAGAGAGAGAGAGAGUGAGUGAAAGUACUCAGCUUUAUUCUUCCAUCUUCUCACUACCAAGUCGUCGUGGUUGUUUUGCCGCCCGCGCUCCAGAUAAGUGAGCGUGAACUUGGCUUAUUCAAGACUUUUCAUGGCACGGAAAGUGUAAAUAUAUCGUGUACAUUUCCGUAUUUUACUUGCGGCUCUAAACUCUUACUUGUUUCAAUUAUUUUGGAACCUAAAUCGGCUUUUACUUUUAUAAAAUAUUUGGUAAUUAUGGCGUUAUUAGUAGAACAAUUAGC